CCCCUCCACCGCGCCUGCACCAUCGUACCCCCGCCAUCCCACGCCGCCGAUAACAUUUCAAACGUAACGAUCUCUUUCCACUGCUAUCGCCGUCACCCGUGUUGUCAACGCCGACUCUUACGCGCACGUACGAUUCUUUUGUGUGCACCCGAGUUCCCGCUCGAAUUCCCAGUGUUGACUGAGACUGUCUCUACGCGUUUCCGCGACAUUGUUUUCCACGUUCAAACAAAACCAUUUCGCGUAAUCGACCGCUGCGCCCGGUCAACGGUUUGGUUCUACUGCCGCCGCCGCUGAUAUUUCGGUGAACUCGAGGGUGAACUUCUCGAGUCGAUCAACCGUCGCUGUUACAAUGGACUUCGACGAAUUCGCAAAGCGCAUGAUUGAAAGAACCAACAGGCGAAAAGCCUUAUUACAGGAGACUUCAGUAGAUACUCUGCCUUCAACAGAUGUUCCGCCUUCAACAGAUAAAGAAAUCUUGCCACCAAUACAUCAAUCAAAAACUCCACCUUUACGCUCUGAUCGACGUGCUCGUCUUGCUGAACUAGCUAGUCGUGUAGGCCAGUGGUUAGAAGAUGAAGUGAAACCUCAUGAUCCAAAACCUAUUAAUAAUGAAUUUACUCCUACAAUUGAUAUGAGUAUUAACCAUGGUCCACAACAAUCCGUUCAAAAACUUAUGAAUGUGAAUUCCAUUGACAAAACUGCAGUUACUGAAAUAAAAUCUAUGGAGGAUAAAUUAAUAAAGAAAAAUGAAUCAAUUAACGAAGAACAUCAUCAGCCCAUAAAACCAAAAAUAAAUUCAAGUAAAUUGGAUCAAAUUUGCCAUCGUCCACAAUCUUCUAUUAUUAAGCCCCUGCCGAAUAAAGAUUUAGCUAAUAUUUCAACUACAAAUUUAACAGUAGCUCAACGACGAGCAUUAUUUGAAAAAAAUAUUGCUAGUAAUCAAAAACCAGAUAAAAAACCUGUUACUACUACUACUGUCACCAUAUCAUUAACCAAAACAACACCUAAAAUAACUAAUACUACAACAAAUGAAGUAUCAAAUGAUUCUGAAGAUGUGAAAACUCCACCACGUCCUAUUCCAAGCAGUGAAUCAACUCCUCCAUCUAGACGUGGAUCAAGACCACGAGCUAGUCCUGCUAUGGUUGCCACAUCUGGUGAUUUUGUAUCACAGCAACGAUCGACUUGGACUCCGCCAUGUAUAAAAAAUGUGUUAUUAAAAAAAAAAUUAAUUGAAGAAUUAAACGACGAUCAAAUUUCCCAUGAUAACAAGACCACUUCAGUACCAGCUACUAGCAGUCCCAUCAAUACAAAUAUAAUUUCACCAGCAGAUCGUAUAGCUAUGUCGGUGGGACAUGUACGGAUCAUGCCACCUUCACCUUCUGGUGGCUUAUAUCCGGACUUAUCAUUGAUUGAAGAUAAUGAUAUGAGUGAAAUUAAUGUACCUAAAGAUUCAUUGGAAAAUCAGUUAACUGGUUGCAAGAGACGAAGCAAUGGUGUCAAUACUUUAAAUGUUUCUACUGCUUCCUCUGAAUUUGAUGCUGGAGAUCCUGAAGAUCUUGAUAAUCUUAAUGCGAAACGUCCUCGGUGUGAAUCAAAAAAGGUAGAUGCUAAUAAUAUGGCUGAAAAACAAGAUAGUAGUGAUGAGGAAAGCAUAUCUGCAUCAGGAGUUAUUACCACCACUUCUGGCAUAGCAAACCAUUCUGAAUCAUUACUGUCAAGUCAUGCUGCUGACAGCCCUUUGUCGCAAACUUGUACAAGUUUCACAUAUCAUUCUCAUAAUGAUAAUUUUUCUCGUUCGUUUGGUCCAAAUACAGCCAAUGGGGUUGCAAAUUUGCAGACCAAUGAGCCAUUAAAUCAGAGAGGACUACAGCUCAUUGAUAAAUAUAUUCCACAUCUUGUUGAACAAGAAAAUUGUCAUUCUGAUGUAAAUUUAUCUGAUAAUGAUAAACCCAGCAGCAGCAGCAGUAGUAAUAGCUGUGUGCAGCCAUCACUUGUACAUACAAUUAGCACAUAUCGCAAACAACAACAACAGCUUCGAUUAGGUUGCACAUCUGGCAAGGGUCGAGAUACUGAAAAUAAAGAAGGUGUAAGAUCUGUGUUGCUCUGGAAACGAUUGAAAGAGCUGGAUGAAGCAAAUUCGAAGAAUGAAAAUAGUGAAGAUGACAACGAAGAAGAAGACAAUGAGGAAGAAAUGGAAAUGGCUGAAUCAAGAGCAAGACACUUGGAACAAGUAGAAGUACCACAACAAGACCGUAUUAUUGAGCAAGCCACCCAAGCUCUAAACUUCUGCUACUCAUCUAGGAAUGCAAUCGGACAACGGCCAACGGUGGAUAGUAAAUUUGAGUAUGAGUAUGUGCACACCGAGCGAAUUUUAUUAUUAGCGGGUUUGAGACGAACAGAUGCAGUUAGAGAAGCUCAACGUCUACAUGUCGAACGCACUUUAGUACCAGGUAGCAUUGGAAGAAAAAAUGUUAAAAAUCUGGAAAAUCGAGGUGACGGUAAAACAUUGGUUAUUGAGAGCCUUCGCGUUCCUAUAUUGAUGGCUUUAACCAGUGGUGGAAAUUACAAAAAUAAAAAGUGUAAUACUAAUGAAAGAAUAGAAAACAUGACUAGAUGGUCUGGAGGAUACAGGUAUUUUGUGUGUGCUAUACGUGCUGCAGCUACAGUACAAAGGCCAACUAUGACAGCUGUCACACAACCUGUUGAUGUGGUCGAAGAAUCAGUUCGACGAUUUUCUGCAGACAUUAUCACUCGUCAUGGUGAUGAUGAAAUUGGUCAUGGAUAUGUAGACUUCAUAACUAAUAAGCCAGUUAUGGUUCACGGCUUGGAUGAAGAGGGUUGGAAAAUAACCAUUGAGCUGUACGGUCUUUCCUCAACGGAAACUGGAGGACUUAAUUAUCAUAAUGGUAGAAAUAUUAAAGAAAAUGAUUACCAAGAAAAUAGCAAAAGCGUGUUGGAUAAAUUGUGGUCAACUGUUACAACACCAAUCAAGGAAUCUAAAAAACACCAUGUCACUACUACUGCUGCAAAUAUAGAAUCUCCAAGUGGAUCAAUGGCUGUGCGAAAUACUGUAUUCCGUCAACUUGGUUAUUUUGUGUUUUCUGAUGGGCAGGUGAACCGCCAGCAGUUUACAUUAAACAAGGUCCAUCAAUCUGGUAGUGUCCCUAGCUCUUCUAGAGCAGCAACAUCAUCGAUGGAAGAAACAGUUCGUAUACGUAUGCGUCUUCUUGAAGAAGGUGAAAAAUAUAUCUGCAAAGAUGAUGAAGAUGGUAUGAAUUUAGGCAGCAAGUCUUCAAGCAGUAAUAAUGCUUCAGUUAUGACAAGAAAACAAUUGACUUUACCAUCAGAGUGUAAAUGUACAGAAGGAUUUUUAACACUGUUCGAUGAUCAUGAACUCAAAACAAGUGCUAUGUUUGAACGAGGUCGGCAGUGGCAACAGUCUGCCUACAAUGGAGGUAUUUCUUCAUGGCGUCGUCUUUGGUUCAGUGUGAAAAUCAUAGAUGAAUUGGAACAAUCUGAAGCUAAUGACAAUGAUAUUAAUGAUACGUUUAAACAAAAAACUAUCGCACUGCAAUAUUGGAAGUAUCCUGAGCAUGCUGAACAACAACAAGAGCCAUUAGGUGUUAUCAAUCUUGGUCAAUGUUUGCCACCAUCUACAAUUGAAAAUACUGUUGCCACUUUGGGACAAUUGCAAAAUCCUAUCCCUGCUGCCCCGGCUAACAGUGAUUUAUGUGCUCGUCCUAAUACUUUACGAUUGAUUUUGUACAAUGAUAAUUAUUGUAAUGGCAUGAAACCCAAUGUUGAUGACCCAGUGCUUUUGGGUGCUGAUACUGCAGAUGAGCGGCAAGAAUGGUGUGAUACGGUGAAUGCAGCAGUACGAGCUAUCAGCGAUUAUCGUGAACAAAUUAAAAUUUCCAAAGCUAAUCAAUUAAAAAUAAAUCAAAAACAAAAAAAAAUUGAAGAACAGCAGAGUCGACUUCAAGACCCACAGAGAAUUGGUGCAUGGCCUAUAACAUCUAAUAGCAAAAACAGCUAUAAAAAAAAGAAAUUCUUUGAAUGAUAAAUAUAUAUGCAGUGAAUUUUAUAUUGUUUUGUCCCUUGUUAC